UGUCACUGCCUGUGGCAGAAUGGAGAAUGAGCUUCUUUUUCCCUCCCCUUGGUUUUAUAGAGCUGAAGGCGUGUUGUCACUGUUUUCCUAGACAUUGGGCUACAUUUCUUCAGCUCUGAUUGAGGAGCUGGGGGGUGAGACAUUUGCUGAUCCAGUUUGGGAUGCAGACAUGGGAAAGGUUAAUCUUUUGAUACACAAAUAAUUUUGGCUUUAGAUUUCUCUCAGUUCUGUCUCUUUAGUCCUAGCAUCUUUAGAUUUCCUUAUCAGGGGUUUCGAAACACAGUAGCCAUUUGUGUGAAAAUGUCUUCUUUUGAGUUGGAGCCGCUGAUUCCUUUUCUUUCCAGCUCCUGGCGUGAUCACAGGACGAUUACAGCGUUUGUUUAUAACAUGAUCUGUGAGAGAGAAUGUAAAUGUUUAUUGCAGCCUUAUUUCCUUGUUGCUUCUGGCACAUGUGAAACUUUUAGCUUUUUUUUCCUGAAGAACACUUCUGCAACUAUUUGGGACUUUCUGAGAAUGCAUGGAGAAUUACCUACGGUCGACUGAGUUGAUUGUAUGAGCCUAUAAGGAAACUUUGCCUCAUUCUCUGUGUUCAUGCCCAUUUUCUUUGCUCAGAGCUGCUCACGGAGCAGUUUCCUGGGGGAUGACAAGUUCUUUCUUGUGUUGCCGCCUACAAUGUAUAGGUGUUAGUAUUUCGAGAAACCAUUCUCAUCCGUCCAUGUUCCAACCUGCACAGUUUUAAGGUUGAAAUACAGCCAGCAUCGCCUUUGCUAAGAACUUAGAUGGCUAGCUAAUCUGUUUCUGUUGCCACAGCUGGGCUCCAAAACUCUCCUUGGUUAUUAGCUCAGCUGAUAAGACUAGAAACUGGCAUGUUCCCCAGGAGCCGACUGUGCGGCGGAGAGUCCUGUCUGGCUGCUUUGCAUUCCAGAUUCCUUUCAGUUUGACAUAGUAGGCCAAGGCGUAGCGUACUGCUGCGCUACAAAGGAAGGAAGGGGCGCCCUUGUGGAGCUGUGUCAUUUCUGGGACCUGGGCUCUGACUGUGUGAAGUUGUGGAGUUUGUGGUUCUGGGUGAAGACUAGCUGAGAUGCAGCUGAACUGGUGUACAGCAGGCACUGUGAUCUGACUCCAUCUUGGAAUACACUGAUACCAGCAGUGGACCUUUUACCAUUCAUACAUGGAACCAUCUAGUUGACACCAUGGCCCAGAUAUCCAGUGGCAACGGAUUCAAGCAGGACUUGUCCCCCUCUAUGGAGGGACGACCAAAGGGGAUUGUGGGUAAGGAGGAGGCCCUGCGCAUGGAAGUCGAGGCAUUGGCCAAGCUGCAGAAGGAGAAGAGGCAGACCCAUCCCACGUCUUCCUCAGCUGCUAAACCCCUGAGCCGUGAAGCUCAGAGGGCCUCCUCCAGCAGGCCGGAGAAAGACCUCAUCGUCUUCCCAGAGUCAGAGGCCAAGAAGAGGGCAGAGAAAGACAAGUUUCGGGAUAUUGAUGUCGAGAAGCUCACCACAGAGGAGCUGGAGAAACUUCUGCUGGAUGACAGCUUUGAGGCAAACAGCAAGGUCUCCAGACCCUCCUCCUUGCUGGGGUGCAACCUCAGUGCCUCCUUCCCUGGCAGUCAGCCGUAUAACCGAGCUCCGUUUCACAGUGGCCCUUGGACACCUGCCGUCGGAACCCCUUCUGCCUCUGCUCUGUCUACCCCAGCCCACCAGCAGACCCCCCUCUUCCCCCCUGGCCCCUUCUCCAAGCCGCCUGGCUCCUUCCAGAAUGGCCUUACUGCUGGGAUGCUUUUUAGGCCUUCCGAGCCCCUCUUCUUGUCUCCCUUUGUGGCUUUCAGCCCCAUGCAGCCCCCCACUCCAGUUGUCUACCAACCUCCUGCCGUCGACCCAGAGAUGGCAAAGCUGUUCGACAAGAUUGCCAGCACCUCCGAGUACUUGAAGAACGGGAAGUCUGCUGUCACUGACCUGGACCCUGGCAACACUAAAUCCCUUGCCCCCAAGCCGUCAGCCUCAGAACCCCCCAACAUCAGCCGCUUCGAUUGGCUAGACCUGGACCCACUCAGCAAGUGCAAGCUCGAUGGAGAAGAGGUGCCUUCUGCUGUGGGGGCUGCUGUGACUGAGCGGGUAGGUGACCCAUGGGAUGCAGUGCUACUGGAUGAUGGUGAUAGCGGAGCCGCUGGCAGCCCCCCAGCUCGGGGGAAGAGCCAGCACCCUGCCCUAAGGAGCUCCGCUGAGGUGACUUUGCCCAGACGCAACUCCCUCAACAUCCCUACAACGUUUUCAUCAGAAACCCAGAGCAACCAGAAUGAAAAGGGAAGUGAGAGAGCACUUGUGAAGUACAACGCCCUUCACGACCCAGAGGCCGAGAACGACGAGGUUCUCUCCUUCUGCGAGGACAUAGCAGUCCUGAGGUGCAGGUUCCAGCACGAGGACUUGGCCACCAACCCCGGGUGCGUGUUGAGCCCGGUGAUCCCUCAGCGGGAGCUGAACGGGGACAGCGGCAGCAGCGUGAAGGUCUCCAUCGAAAUCUCCGACUCCCUGGAACCUGUCACCUUCACCUGUGAUGUGAGCUCUCCGGUGGAGCUUCUCAUCAUGCAGGCCCUGUGCUGGGCGCACGACGACCUGAACCAGGUGGACAUUGGCAGCUACCUCCUCAAAAUCUGUGGCCAAGAGGCAGUCCUGCAGAACAAGCACAGCUUGGGCAGCCAUGAGUACGUCCAGAGCUGCAGGAAGUGGGAGACCGAGAUUAAGCUUCAGCUGCUCUCCAAGAGCACGAUCAAGAGGGACCUGGCGCGCACGGUGGAUGACGAUACUUCCCCCAUCGUAUUGGAGAAAUACCUGCAUCUGGUGGAGAGGCCUUUCAAGGAAACAGUUACCAGGCAUUCUCUUGUUGACUACCUGGAGAGCUAUCACAAUCAAGUCAACGUCUGCCUGCAGAACGAGAACACCCAGUACAAGACCAUGGAGCACGUGAUCCAGACCGUGAAGAACAUCUGCUGUCUGAUGGACGAGGUGGAGUCCAUGGCAAUCACUGAAGCAGUAAAGAAGGUCAAGCGUUCUGUCAACCUCCCCAGAACCAAAUCCUUCGAGGCUGGUAUAAAAUCCUCAGAUAGCUCAGCAGAUGGCCACAUUCACCCAGUGGAGGAGAGCCUUGCUGUCCUCACCGCCGCUGUGUACGACCUGAUCAAACUGUACCUUCGCUCCUUCUGCCCCCCAUCGCCCGGCGGCUCUGAGGGCCAGCCUACCAAGGGCCAGCCUACCAAGGGCCAGCCUACCAAGGGCCAGCCUACCAAGGGCCAGCCGAACGAGGUCCGGGACAGCAAGGAAGCCUCAGACACAACGGAGCACCUGCAGUUCACCCUGGUCGCCGUGCACGGCAUUACUAACGUGUGGGUCAGCAGCUAUGAAAAGUACUAUCUGAUGUGUGCCCUAACACACAAUGGAAAGAAUCUGUUCAAGCCAGUUCAGUCCAAGAAGGUUGGCACGUACAAGAAUUUCUUCUACCACAUUAAAUGGGAUGAACUGAUACAUUUUCCCAUCCCGGUUGCCCUCCUGCCUUUGGAAGCAAUGCUGAGCCUUUCCUUGUUUGGAAUUCUGAACCAGAAUGCCAACAGUUCACCCGAUUCCAACAAGCAGCGCAAGGGACCGGAACUACUGGGCAAAGUAUCCAUGCCCCUGUUCGACUUCCGACGGGUUCUGGCUCGUGGGCCCAAGCUGUUGAGCCUGUGGACCUCCCCUACAACAGCCCUGACCGGUAUCACGGGCCGCAAGAGGAGCCCCGUGGAGAGGAUCGUGCUGCGGGUGGACUUCCCCAGUCCAGCUGUGGAUAUCCUCUAUGUGGGACCCCAGGCCACCAGCUGCCCCGACCCCCACUCACUGGAGGCCCUUGACCCCGACCUGACUCGCCGCAUCGAGAAGCUGUGCUGCCGGGCCUCCAUGUUUGGCCUGACACGCGGCGACCGGCAGCUUCUGUGGGACAAGCGACACUACUGCCGCGCAUAUAAGCAGAGCCUGCCCAAGGUCCUGGCCAGCGCCCCCAGCUGGGACUGGGGCAGCAUGGCAGAGAUCCACACUCUCCUGCAUCAAUGGCCACCCCUGAUUCCAGUCUCCGCCUUGGAGCUGUUGGACUCCAAGUUUGCAGACACUGAGGUGCGGAGUGUGGCCGUUGGCUGGAUUGAGAGCAGCAGCGACGACGAGCUGGCUGUGUAUAUGCCCCAGUUGGUGCAGGCACUGAAGUUCGAGUGCCACCUGAAGAAUGCCUUAGUGAUGUUCCUGCUCUCUCGAGCCCUGGGCAAUGUCAACAUUGCCCAUUACCUUUACUGGCUGCUGCGGGACGCAGUGCAGGACCCUUAUUUCGGCGUACGCUACGAGCGCGUGCUGGGGGCCCUGCUGUGCCUGUGCGGAGCCGGGAUGCGGGCCGAGCUGGACAAGCAGGCUCAGCUGACGCAGCUCCUGGGGUCGCUGGCUGAGAAGGUGCGGCAGGCCAGCAGCUCCACUAGGCCGGCUGUUCUUCAGGAGGGGCUGGGAGUUGUGCAAUCCUUCUUUCAGAAGAACACCUGUCGACUGCCCCUCAGUCCGAGCUUGGUGGCCAAAGGCCUACUUGGGAAGACCUGCUCCUUCUUCAAUUCCAACGCGGUGCCUCUGAAACUCGCGCUGGUCAAUGCUGACCCACUUGGAGAAGAGAUCAAUGUUAUGUUCAAGGUGGGAGAAGACCUCAGGCAGGACAUGCUGGCACUGCAGAUGAUCCGAAUUAUGGACCGGAUCUGGCUUCAGGAGGGUCUGGACCUACGGAUUGUCAACUUCAAAUGCAUCUCCACCGGAAAAGACAAAGGCAUGGUUGAGCUGGUACCAGCCUCUGAAACUCUGCGGAAGAUCCAGGGAGAAUAUGGGGUGACGGGCUCCUUCAAGGACAAGCCGCUGGCGGAGUGGCUGCGCAAGUACAACCCAGCUGAGGAAGAGUAUGAAAAGGCUUCCGAGAACUUCAUCUACUCAUGUGCAGGCUGCUGCGUGGCCACGUACGUGUUGGGCAUCUGUGACCGACAUAAUGACAAUAUAAUGCUUCGCUCUACCGGUCACAUGUUCCACAUCGAUUUCGGCAAGUUCCUGGGGCACGCGCAGAUGUUCGGAAGCUUUAAGAGGGACCGCGCCCCUUUUGUGCUGACCUCUGACAUGGCAUACGUCAUCAACGGGGGGGAGAGGCCCACCAGCCGCUUUCAGCUGUUUGUGGACCUCUGCUCGCAGGCCUACAACCUGAUACGCAAAAAUGCCAGCCUCUUCCUCAACCUGCUGUCCCUGAUGACAUCAUCAGGUCUUCCAGAGCUGACAGGAGACCAGGACCUAAAAUAUGUGUAUGAUGCUCUGCAGCCUGAAACCACUGAUGCAGAAGCCACCAUUUUCUUCACCAGGCUGAUCGAGUCCAGCCUGGGCAGCAUGGCCACCAAGUUCAACUUCUUCAUUCACAACCUGGCCCAGCUGCGCUUCUCCGGCCUUCCCUCCAACGACGAGCCCAUCCUGUCCUUCUCACCCAAGACCUACACACUUAAGCAGGACGGCCGCAUCCGUGACGCUUCGAUCUUCACUUUCCAUAAGAGAUACAACCCAGACAAACACUAUACGUACGUGGUGAGAGUGUUCAGAGAGGGCCAGAGUGAGGCGCAGUUUGUGUUGCGCACCUUUGAUGAGUUCCAGGAGCUGCAUAAUAAGCUGACCAUCCUCUUCCCGCUAUGGAAGCUCCCAGGAUUCCCCAACAAGAUGGUCCUGGGCCGCACGCACAUCAAGGAGGUGGCAGCCAAGAGGAAGGUGGAGCUCAACAGCUACUUGCACACCUUGAUGAGGAGCUCCACUGAGGUGACCCAGUGUGACCUAAUCUACACGUUCUUCCAUCCGAUCGCUCGAGAUGACAAGAACGAAGGGUUCGAGGGCAUGACUAAACCUCAAGAUAUGAUGCCGAUGAGCCCGACCACAGGGAAGGUGGGGGGCGAAGUGAAGCUGUCCGUGUCCUACAGGAACGGCAACCUUUUCAUCAUGGUAAUGCACAUCAGAGACCUGGUGUCAGAGGAUGGCACAGACCCCAACCCUUAUGUGAAGACUUAUUUGCUCCCUGAUCCACACAAAUCCACAAAACGCAAAACAAAGAUCUCCAGGAAAACCAGGAACCCCACCUUUAAUGAAAUGCUUGUGUACAGCGGCUACAGCAGAGAGAGCCUAAGCCAGCGGGAACUGCAGCUGAGCGUGCUCAGUGCCGAGCCCCUGCGGGAGAACUGUUACUUGGGAGGCCUCACCCUGAGCCUGAAAGACUUCAACCUCGGCAAAGAGACUGUCAAGUGGUACAAGCUCACGGCUGUGCCCUACUUUUAAACCCCCGGCAGAGGGGGAACUCACGACUGCUCACUACACCAGUUUGUUCCUCCUGACACUAAUCACGAUUCUGACCUCUUUUGUUGCUAAAAUAUAACAGACACGUGUCGUUUUCUUAAAUUUUGACAUUAAAAAGGACCAAAACUGCUCACUUUGAAAGAGUGUAUAUAAAUAUAUAUAUAUAUAUAUA